AUGAAAGGGUUGUUGGAUGUUGUUGUGUCUGAUACUCAAAUUGCGUUUAUUCUGGGUCGCCUAAUCUCUGACAAUAUCACGGUCUCUUUUGAAGUCAUGCACUACUUGAAAAGAGAAAGGAGAGGUCGAGAGGGUAGUAUGGCUCUUAAGUUGGAUAUGAGUAAGGCAUAUAACAUGGUGGAAUGGGGUCAUCUUCAUGCAAUUUUGCUUCAAAUGGGAUUCACGGAGAGAUGGGUUGAUUUGAUUCUUACUUGUGUCACUUCAGUGUCUUAUACUAUUGUACACGGUGGUAGAGAGAUGGGACCUAUCUUUCCAACUCAUGGCAUUCGAGAAAGAGAUCCAUUUUCUCUAUAUUUAUUUAUAAUAUGUGUCGAGGAUCUUUUCUCAUUUAUUCGAGUCUAUGAAUCUUGGAAGUGGAUUAUAGGAAUCAAAGUUUGCAGUUAUAUCUUUUGCAAAGCUUUCCCUGAAGAUGCUAUAAGAGUUUUGGAGUUGCUUCAUAAGUUUGAGGAGGCAUCAAGUCAGCAAGUUAAUUUGGAAAAAUCUAAUGUCUUUUUUAGUGCCAAUGUGGCGGGGCCAACUCAAUUGGAUCUUUGCAAUAUUUUACAAAUGGCAGAAGCUUUUGAACACAUUACUUAUCUUGGUUUACCUAAUACCCUGGGUCGGUCUAAGUCUGUGAGUCUGGGUUUCUUGAAGGAUAUAAUUCGGAAAAAGGUUCAAGAUUAG